CCCGAGAUAGAAAGACAGUUUUCUAAUUAUAGUAGUUAAUGACUAAAUGCAAUCGUGAUCUCAAUUAGCUGUCUGAUUAAUUGUCUGACAUUUGCCACGCUCUGCCGUGUUGCUGAGUCACCUUGCUUGAAAUUCACUCAUAUAAAUACCAUUUUUUUUCUCUCCAAACGACAAAAAAGAAGUUAGGAUUCUUGCUACAUAUUGGGUUUGACGGGAAAAUUGGAUUCUGCAUCAGGACUCCAGAGAAUGGAAGGUGGAUGUGAGACAAAGUUAUCUACUGAUGAAUUGGAAUCUGUCGAAUUUGGGAAUCAAAAUGCUGCAUUGAUAGGGAUUGGAUUAGGGAAUCAUGGGUGCUUGCAUUACAGAAGGAGAUGUAAGAUUAGAGCACCAUGUUGCAAUGAGAUGUUUGAUUGCAGGCAUUGCCAUAAUGAAGCUAAGAAUUCCCUGGAAUGUAAUCCUCUGGAGCGGCAUGAAAUUCCACGCCAUGAAGUUGAAAAGGUCAUUUGCUCCCUAUGUGACACAGAACAAGAUGUUCAACAGUAUUGCAUCAAUUGUGGAGUCUGUAUGGGGAAGUACUUCUGUGCUAAAUGCAAAUUCUUUGACGAUGAUGUUUCUAAAAACCAAUACCACUGCAAUGACUGUGGUAUAUGCAGAAUUGGAGGUGAGGAGAACUUCUUUCAUUGCAACAAAUGUGGAUGUUGCUAUUCGAAAUUAAUGAGGGAUGCACAUCGUUGUGUGGAGAGAGCAAUGCACCACAACUGCCCUGUUUGCUUUGAGUUUCUUUUUGAUACAAUGAAGGAUAUAACUGUCUUACCUUGUGGACACACAAUGCAUUUGGAAUGUUUGAGAGAGAUGGAGCAACAUUAUCGGUACUCUUGCCCAGUCUGCUCAAAGUCUAUCUGCGAUAUGUCCAUAUUGUGGAGAGAGCUUGAUCAGGAGAUUGCCUCAACCCGGAUGCCUGCCAUAUACCAAAAUAAGAUGAUAUGGAUUCUCUGCAACGACUGCGGAGCCACUUCCCGUGUCCAGUUCCAUAUUGUGGCACACAAAUGCCUGAAUUGUGAGUCCUACAAUACCAGACAGACGCGCGGAGGCCCUGCUGCUUCAUUCUCAUCAGUGAUGGCUGAGAUGAUGGUACAGAUCUUGCAUGCAUACGGAAUUCAGGAUGUUCUUGUUCAAAAUUCAGUCAUUAAAUCUUAUUCUGGUCCAGGAAGUUCCAUGGAAGCAGGAAAUCCUGGGACAGCUUUGUCCCUUCCAAACUCUUAAUUUUCUCAAUCUAGCAGGGAUUUGCGUUUACCCACUUAUGACCUUUGGACUAGGAAUUUCAAACUUGGCAUUGGGCAAUGAUUUGACAAGCACUCAGACAGUGCCACCAUUAGAACAAACAGCACAGCAGGUUUUGUAGUAAUACACAAAAAUUGGUCGGGCAUGACUUUCUUUAAGGGAGCAAGAAUCUCAACUCUGAACCUUAGCCCUAAGCUACCUAUAUCCAAAUUUUUAAUAUUAACCCUUUGAUUCAAACCCCAUGGGAGCAUUGAUGUCUCUUGUCCCUAUUUCUUACAGAAACCUGUAAAAGAACAGAACCCUAGGCAUUCUUAAAAACCUGUGUAUAGUGUUAUUAAUGUGGACAGACAUACACUUAAACCAUUAUACAAACAAAACUAACAGCUUUCAUCACAGAGAUUAAAUGUCUUCCAGUCACACUGAUCAUUGCUUUUUUCUUUUUUUGUUAUGACCAUAAGAUUUAUAUAAUACCCAUUCUUCCAAU